GCGAUCACCAGAAGGAAUAUAAUGAAUACAUUGGCCAGUACGCGAUCUCUGGCGAUUUUCGUAGGCCCCGUUCGAUCUUUAAGAGCAGCCUCUGUUUUGGCACGAGAUCAAGCAAAAUCUAGCAUAUCCGAGGAAAACAAGGCCUUCGAUGAGAUUCCGCGCCCCAACAAAUUCCAAUUUAUGAGGGCUUUCAUGCCAGGAGGUGAAUUCCAAAAUGCCUCGAUUACGGAAUACACCACUGCAAUGCGAAAGCGCUAUGGAGAUAUCUACAUAUUGCCGGGAAUGUUUGGCCGCAAGGAUUGGGUCACCACUUUCAGCACAAAGGACAUUGAGGUGGUCUUCCGCAACGAGGGUAUUUGGCCACAUCGUGAAAGUCUGGACUCCAUUGUAUAUUUCCGCAAACAUGUUAGACCAGACGUUUACGGCGAGAUCGUAGGACUGGUGGCCGCACAAGGCGACGCUUGGGGAAAACUACGAUCAGCACUUAAUCCGAUCUUCAUGCAACCCAGGGGCCUAAGAAUGUAUUAUGAACCCCUGUCGAAUAUUAAUAAUGAGUUUAUAGAGCGCAUUAAGGAAAUUCGCGAUCCAAAGACUCUGGAAGUCCCCGAGGAUUUCACCGAUGAAAUAAGCCGGCUUGUUUUUGAGUCACUCAGCCUGGUGGCUUUCGACCGGCAAAUGGGUAUGAUACGGAAAAACCGCGAUAAUCCCGAUGCAUUGACCCUCUUCCAAACCUCGAGAGAUAUCUUCCGGCUCACGUUCAAGCUAGACUUCCAGCCCUCCAUGUGGAAGAUAGUAUCGACGCCCACCUACAGGAAAAUGAUGCGAACUCUCAACGACAGUUUGGACGUGGCCCAGAAACUGCUCAAGGAAAAUCAGGAUGCACUGGAAAAGCGUCGACAAGCGGGCGAAAAAAUAAACAGCAACAGUAUGCUGCAGCGGCUAAUGGAGAUCGAUCCCAAGGUGGCGGUUAUUAUGAGUUUGGACACACUCUUCGCUGGCGUGGAUGCCACAGCCACGCUCCUGUCGGCUGUUCUGCUGUGCCUCUCAAAACACCAGGAAAAGCAGGCGAGACUGCGGGAGGAGCUCUUGAGGAUCAUGCCCACGAAGGAUGCUCUUCUCAACGAGGAGAUCAUGAAGGACAUGCCCUAUCUGAGGGCUGUAAUCAAGGAGACGCUGCGAUACUAUCCCAAUGGCCUGGGAACGAUGAGAACGUGCCAAAAUGAUGAGAUACUUUCGGGUUACAGGGUGCCCAAGGGCACGACUGUCCUGCUCGGCUCGAAUGUGCUAAUGCAGGACAGUACAUAUUAUCCGCGACCAGAUGAGUUCCUGCCGGAGCGCUGGCUCAGGGAUCCGGAGACCGGAAAGAACAUGCAGGCCAGCCCUUUCACCUUCCUUCCCUUCGGCUUUGGACCCCGCAUGUGCAUUGGCAAGCGAGUGGUGGACCUGGAAAUGGAGACCACCGUGGCCAAGCUGAUUCGCAAUUUCCAUGUGGAGUUCAAUCGGGAUGCCAGCCGACCAUUCAGGACCAUGUUCGUCAUGGAACCGGCCAUUGCGUUCCCCUUCAAAUUCACGGAUGUCGAGCAAUAAUUCGCCCUCUAUUCGCGGCCUUUACUUGUGUUCCUUAUAUAGUAGUUACAUAUAGGUUUUGAUUAUAAUAAAUGUUUGUCUGAUGAA